AUGGAAUAUCCGACCUCGAAGUAUACACACCCCAAUUGGGCUCUCCGGAGUCUUGCCUCACGAAGCAAUUGCUCCCAUAACAGGCACAUUGGCUUGCACAUGCACAGCACAGCGAAUCCUAGAUUUUGGAAAGAACUGCUGGGAAUCUACCCUUUUCGCUCACCGCAAUUCUCUGCCCAGUGCCAUGCUGCAGGAGCAUGGCCGGACGAUACACCGGCCUGCGGUGCCAAAGCAGGGCAAGAGCUUCGUGGCAUGGACAAAAGCGAUGUGAGCACGCGCCGUGCCGCGUCCUUGCUGGUUGCAUGUUAUGUUUCCUGGACCGGUGCUCGUGUCACCGGACAAGAUGAUAAUACUAUGCUUGUUCUUGCUACACCCUCCGCACGAGUACUCUGUUUACACGGCCCGAACAAUCAAUUCACAGCAUGGUUGGAGAAUAUUAUUGACGCCAACAAGUUACACUACGCCACAUCGGAUUGGCGACCGGGGUCUAAACGGACAGACCAAGCGGCAAGCCAUCAAUGCGAACUCCCUGUUCCUGCGCAAACCAUGGCCGGUGGGUCUGCAUUGUUUUUGGACAAGGUGCUACUACACCGCUUUGCUGAUAAAAUGCUGCCGAUCCAACGCCACGACAUGUUUCAAGUCAUCUCCCCGAUGCCGGCCCCUGGCACACCCGUAACGGCGUUGCUUUCUUCUCCUCCACGAUACUUGAACGUCGUCCACAUUGGUCAUAAUUGGAACGCCUCGAUCUUUAUGGCAGCGGCAUUAAACCAGCCUCAAACACUGGAAAUGGUUGACGACAAUGCCUGUUAUGGUUGUAACGGAGCGUCGCCCGCCAAAAAUCACUGCUUGGGCAGAUGCCACGUUGUUCCCUGCAGACCUUUUGUUGAUAUGAAAGUCCAGAACUGGGCCAGCCCAUCUUCCGCCACUGUCCGCAACACCGUCCGUUCAUAUGACGAGCUGCGAAUCUCUUACUCGUCGCUUGCAAAUGAUCGAAUACUCCGUAAGCUUAGUAGAGACUUCUCCUCGAUUUCAUCUCACUUAGAACAGCCCGAAAACACUUCAUCACCAAUUUCCAAAUCAGGCAAUCAUUCCGUCGUCCCAGCAACCGAGGCUCCACCACAUUCCGGUCGGUCCGAGAUAGAUGACCCAUCGCUGAUAUCAACGUCUCUACCUGGGAUACCCUCUCAGAUCAGGCCGUCUUGUCGAUCUUCAGCAAUGGACCCAGAAUACUUCAACCAGGCUUUCCUACCCACCAGCCGAAACCAUCGCAAUCCUCCGGUUUCACACCUGUUGAACCUCCCAUUUGAGUUACGGCAUAGAAUCUUGAUUCAUGCCCUAAAACAAAAAGGUAGCAUUGAACUCCAGUACCCAGUCUGGGCCAGCCUCCAAGUAUUCGAUCAACCUUUGUUUCAAACGUGUAGGAGUUUGAGAACUGAGGCAGUCCAAGCGUUCUACGAGGUGAGAGAUUGCAAAGACUUGGCCACGAAGCAUAUCAUACUGACACGAUCUCGUCCACUGAAGGUCAAUGACUUCCUUUGGGUGAUCGACGUGGAAAACAAAUCGAGAUCCGAUCCCUCAACUUAUCCGACCUGUCCUGCCUCAACUGGAAAACUUCGCCAAGCCUCGCCCAAAAAUUAUGCCUACACGAUCCCGAAUUGUCUUCCUUGGGAAUACCCGGACCUGAUGAGACGCCUGAGACAUUUACAAAUCAACAUCUACCUCCCUAGUAACGACCAAAACACCUCUUUGCUUCAAGACCGCUUGUCGGCGCUGGUCCAGUCUCUUGAUCGGGGACGAAGACUUGCGAUUCUCCACGUCCUAGUGACGGCAAAACGUCGCGCCGCUCAAAUUCCGUUAUCGCAAGAUGAAGUCCUGGCUCUGGAGGUCUUGGCUGGGAUGCAAGUCAGAGGGAAAGUUGACCGUGAAUGCGUUGCAGCUGGCGAGGAGGAUGAAAGGUUGAAGUAUCGGGAAAUUUUGGGACUGAAUCUGCAUCUCUCCGCAUUCUAG